AUGAGUCAUCAUCCAACACCUGCUACAUCAGUUAAAUUAGUAUUACUAGGAGAAGCAGCAGUUGGAAAAUCAUCAUUAGUUUUAAGAUUUGUAUCAAAUGAUUUUCAAGAAAAUAAAGAACCAACAAUAGGAGCAGCAUUUUUAACUCAAAAAUGUACUAUAGGAGAUAAAACAAUAAAAUAUGAAAUAUGGGAUACUGCAGGACAAGAAAGAUUUGCUUCAUUAGCUCCAAUGUAUUAUAGAAAUGCUCAAGCUGCUGUUGUUGUUUAUGAUAUUACAAAACCUGCUUCUUUUAUAAAAGCAAGACAUUGGGUUAAAGAAUUACAUGAACAAGCAAAUAAAGAUAUAACGAUUGCAUUAGUUGGUAAUAAAUAUGAUUUAGUUGAAGAUGAAUCAACUGAAGAAAACACUAAUGAAGAAGAAUCAAUUAGAAAAGUUAGUUUUGAAGAAGGACAAUCUUUAGCAAAUGAAGAAAAUUUAUUAUUUUUUGAAACAAGUGCAAAAACUUCUUAUAAUGUAAAUGAAGUAUUUAUUGGUAUAGGUGAAAAAAUACCUGAUAAUUCAAAUAAUUCAAAUAAUAAUAAAAAUUUAAAUUCUGAUAUAAAUGAUAAUAGAAUUGAUUUAAGUUCAGAUGGUAAUAAUAGUAGGAAACAAGGUUGUUGUUAA